CAUAUAAAUUAUAUGUAUUCUAUACUACCUUAGAAGUUGGAUGCUUUGGAAGGUAGCUUAAAGAAUUAUUCCCGAAGAAACUUUUGUUUAUUUAAACUCAGAAUAAGUCUUUGUCAUUCCAAAAAAAGAAAAAGAAAACACUUUAAAGAAGGGAAAAUUCUAUUUGCACGCCACACAAAAUCUCAAUUUAUACUAUUUAUGUCAUUUAGAUAUAAACUUCCAAACCAAAGUAAAAUGUUCGGUUAUAAACAUUCGAACAAAAAUAGUUGUUCGAAUAUGAACUACUGAAUGAAAUUUAUAUGUAAACAAUUCAUUUUUGUUCAAAAAUAUAUAUCUGAACAUUUGACUUUUGUUCGAAAGUUUAUAUUCGAAUGACACAAAUCGUGUGUACUAAAUUUUUUUGUGGUGUGCGAAUAGAAUUACCCUUAAAGAGGGCUUCAUUUAUUAUUUUUUGGGAGGCAAUUUACACUUAACUUCCACAACUAUUGCCCCAUGUCAAUUCAUUUUCUUGAACUAAAAAUUGCAGCACUUAACCCUUAUCGUCUAUUAUAUAUAUAUUUUUCAAUUUGAACCUUUAUUAUGAAAAUACCCUUUUAGGCUAUAGGGAAAAUUACACUUUACCUUUUGAACUAUCGCUUUAUACCUUUCAACUAAAGAAUCUUACACUUUGUCGCCUUGAACUAUCAAUUGGUAUCAAUGUGACCUUCCAUUAGUGAUUCGUUACAUAAAUAGAUAGAAAAUUAACAUGCGACUUACACAUGAUAUCUCAAGUUUUAUUUGUAUACCAUUACCAUCUUAAUAUAUUUUUCUUGAUUAAACUUAUAAAAUAUGUUCAUAUUUUGUUAGAAAUAAAGAGUUUUAUUAGUUGGUAAAAUCUUUUUCUUUUAAUAUGACCUCCUCAAAUCGGAAUACUAGUUCCGCCACUUGUUUACACUUGCCUUCUUUUAAUGGAUCUUGUAUAUUCAUAUUAUACAUAUAGGUGAAUAUACAUAUAAAUUGGUAUAAAUUAUCUCAUGAAAAUGAUUCCCCAAACAAGAGAUAUUUGUUUCUUGAAAGUAAAGAUAUGUACUUUAGAUUCUCUCUUUCCACUUUAUAUGAAUACAAGGGAAGUAUCAUGGAUGACCAUUUCCUACAAAACAAAGCACAGUUACCUUUGCAAAUUCACACCUCUUUCUCUACAUAUUGCAAGUCAUCUCAAGGACACUGCAUAUUUCAGUUGUUUUGGUAAUCCAUGGUUCCGGAUCCGAUUUUGCUCCAUGGGACGCUUCAUGUUACCAUCUUUGAGAUUAAUGAACUGCAUAUUGAAUCUGGAUGCGGGUUUAAUUUAUGUGACAAGACUAUUCCUCCACAAAAGAAAGCGAAGAAAUUUUUAUCCCAAGUCAAGAGAUUGGUGCUUUGCCGGCCUGAGAUUGUUGGCACCAAUCUCUAUGCAACUGUUGAUUUAGACAAGGCUAGGGUUGCAAGGACCAGAAUGAUUACAAAUGAACCCUUCCAUCCUCGUUGGAAUGAGUCCUUUCACAUCUACUGUGCUCAUAAGAUUUCUAAUGUUGUAUUUACAGUCAAAGAUGGUAAUCCAAUUGGGGCAACAUUAAUUGGAAGAGCUCGUUUGCCUGUCAAGGACAUUAUAUCUGGGCUUGAGGUGGAUAGACUUCUUGACAUAGUGGAUGAAGAAAAUCUCCCAAUAUAUGGAAGUCCUAAAAUCCGUGUCAAACUGAAAUUUUUGGAUGUCACUAAAGACAGUAAUUGGUCUCAGGGAAUCAAAACUGCUUCAUUUGAAGGAGUCCCUUAUACAUUCUUCAUGCAGAGAGAGGGCUGCAAAGUUACACUAUAUCAAGAUGCCCAUGUCCCAGAUUCGAUUAUCCCCAAAUUCAAUCUUUCCGAAGGUAAAGUUUAUGAGCCUCACAGAUGCUGGGAGGAUAUCUUUGACGCAAUCACUAAUGCAAGACACCUGAUUUACAUUACAGGUUGGUCUGUAUAUACUAAGAUCACUUUGAUAAGAGACCCAAGGAGACGAAGACCACUGGGAGACAUUACUCUGGGUGAUCUGCUUAAGAUAAAGGCAGAUAAUGGUGUAAGAGUUCUUAUGCUUGUCUGGGACGACAGAACUUCUGUUAAGGAAUUGAAGGCGGAAGGUUUGAUGGCAACCCACGAUCAAGAUACUGCAUAUGAAUUUCAAAACUCAAAAGUAGAGUGUAUUUUAUGCCCACGUAAUUCUGAUGUUGCAAGAAGUAUUGUUCAGGGAAUUCAGAUUGAAGGCAUGUUUACUCACCAUCAGAAGACAGUAGUGGUGGACAGCGAAAUGCCUGGGGACAGGUCACAAAAGAGGACGAUUGUCAGUUUUGUUGGUGGCAUUGAUCUUUGUGAUGGGCGGUACGAUACUCCAGAUCAUUUCUUGUUUAUGACUCUGAACAAUAUUCAUAAUGAUGAUUUCCAUCAGCCCAACUUUGGAGGCUCAUCAAUUGCAAAAGGCGGUCCAAGGGAGCCCUGGCACGACAUUCAUUGCAAACUUGAAGGGCCUGUUGCUUUGGAUGUCUUGUACAAUUUUGAGCAGAGAUGGAACAAGCAAGUUAGAAAUAAUUCCCUCCUCACACUCACUGAGCUUGAUAGAAUCAUUACUCGACCACCAAUGCCAGUUACAUCAUCACAAGACCCUGAAACAUGGAAUGUUCAAAUAUUCAGAUCAAUUGACAGUGCUUCUGUUGAGGGCUUUCCUCGUGAAAACUUCAACAAAGCAGCCGACAAUCCAGAGGAAGCAUUUAAAAUACCCAAGGAAGCAGGUGAAAUAGGCCUGGUUACUGAAAAGGGUAUCACCAUUGACAGAAGCAUUCAACAUGCCUAUAUCAAUGCCAUUCGACGAGCAAAGAAUUUUAUUUACAUUGAAAAUCAGUAUUUCAUAGGAAGCUCAUAUGGCUGGAAUUCCAAGGACAUCAAGGAUGCAGACAUUGGUGCGUUGCAUCUUAUACCAAAGGAGCUCUCACUCAAGAUUGUUAGCAAGAUUGAAGCAGGAGAGAGGUUUACUGUAUAUGUGGUAAUUCCAAUGUGGCCAGAAGGCAUACCUGAGAGUGCUUCUGUUCAAGCAAUAUUAGAUUGGCAAAGGAGGACAAUGGAGAUGAUGUAUACUGACAUUUAUGAUGCCCUUCGAGCUAAGGGGCUGAAUGAAAACCUUAGAGAGUAUUUGACAAUUUUCUGCCUUGGCAAUCGGGAGGCUCAGAAGAUUGGCGAAUAUGUGCCUAGAAAGAAGCCAAAACCUGACACUGAUUAUUGUAGAGCUCAGCUCGCUCGGCGCUUCAUGAUCUAUGUCCAUGCGAAAAUGAUGAUUGUUGAUGAUGAAUAUAUAAUUAUUGGAUCUGCAAAUAUCAACCAGAGAUCAAUGGAUGGUGCAAGGGACACUGAGAUUGCAAUGGGAGGCUAUCAACCACAUCAUUUAUCAACAAACCAGCCAGCCAGGGGACAAAUAUAUGGUUUUCGAAUGGCAUUGUGGUAUGAACACCUUGGAAUUGUAGACGACGCUUUUCUUCACCCUGAAAAUCUGGAAUGUGUCAGGCUUGUAAAUAUGUGGGCUGAUCAAAAUUGGGAUUUCUACUCCAGCAAUGAUGUCCAUGACCUUCCCGGUCACCUCCUCAGGUACCCUGUUGCCAUCACGGACAAGGGAAACAUAACUGUAUUGAAAGGGUUUGAGUUCUUCCCAGACACCAAAGCUCGUGUCCUUGGCAACCAUUCCGAUUACUUUCAAUUACCUGCAAUUCUCACUACCUAAUAUCAACUUUGUUAUACUUGGUUUUGUGAAAUUAUUAAGUUUGGGAACUUGCUUACUUUAGUCGCAAGAGUAGUGCUAUUCUAGCCCAAUAGUUAAAUUUAUUUUUCAAAUUUAUUGAUAUGGCAGUCUUUUUGAAUAGCUAAA